ACUUCUAAUCUAAAAGAUACAAGGGUUUCUUUAUAAUAAUAAUAAGAGUGGCGUUUAUUUAGACACCGUGUUCAAUGUAACAACAUCGUUGUUUAGACGACGUCCCCAUUGAAAAUUUUUUAAAGUUAAAUCUGAAACAUAUCUAUCCACACAACAGAGUACAACAAUGGUUAUGUAUAAUAAUUCAACAAAUUUUAAUGCCUCCAGAGGAAAUUUAACCGACUUGAGGUUUAAUAAUAAUUCCUUCUAUGAUAUGCUCUUUACUGUAUCAGUGACAGUUCAUGUACUGAUAGCUAUAGGCGCCGUUAUCUCCAAUAUACUCAUCUUGGGAACUAUCUUCACAACCCCUACCUUAAGAAGAGAAUUGUGCUAUUUAAUGGUAUCAAGUCUAGCAUUCGGUGAUUUGUUGUUAGGACUGGCAGUUAUACCAGUGUAUGUUGAUUUUACAGUCAAUGAUAAGAUAACUUUGGGAUGUGAAAUUCAUCUCAUACUACAAGUGUUUGUAAUUCGUGGUCAUGUUAUGAUUACGAACUUAGGACUAUUAAUUAUUAACAUAGUCUAUAUCAUCAAACAAUAUGAGUACAAAAUACCACAUAUUAACCAAACUACCAAACUUCCGGUUUAUAUCGCAUUGUCUUUGGUGCCAUGGGUAGCCAUGUUAAUUGUUUUACCACCAUUAAUUAAAACGGGCUUGCAUGAGAAUAUUAUUAAAAUAUGGACGGCCACCAUGUGUCCUCUUAAGGUUUAUAAAUGGGCAAAGGUGACGUUGAAUAUUUUGUGUUAUUUCGCCCCUUUGUUUGGCAUGAUCAUUACCACGUGCAUAAUUAUCUAUGGUUUUGUGGCUCAAGGCAGAGGAAACAUUGCGUUUCGUCCGACAUUGUUGAACGAAGAAAAGCCAAUGUUUCGUCCCAAGUUUAUUAUUGUUGCUAAUGUUCUUUGUUUGUUGCUACUGUUACCAGAACAUAUAGUACAAACGUUUACUUUAUCAGAAAACACCAGAACGUUAAUCACAGCAAAAAUGUUUGUUUUCGUUCUUGCCGCGAGUAAAGGUGUUGCUUUACCUGUAGUAUGGCUUCUUGUACCGGAAGUGAAUGAAGCAUUGAGAGAAAGGUGUAGCUUUUCUUACUGGAGAACAUCCCCAGAUGCCCCACAGCAUGUCGUAAACAAAACAUACAAACAAUUCGUUAGAGAUGCAGAAAACACAGAUUAAUCUUUUUAUCAAUAACAACAUUGUUUGUUGUGAAUUAAAUGGAUAUAUCCACUCGAAUUGUUCUGUAAAAUUUAUGCAAUCUCUAUUUUGUAAUCCCAUAUUACGCAUUAUUAUUACCCCAAUACUACUAAUGUACAAACAAUUCGUUAGAGAUGCAGAAAACACAGAUUAAUCUUUUCGUCAAUAACAACAUUGCUUGCCGGAAAUUAAAAACUUUUGUGUACAAUUUUUUAUGCAAUCCUCUAUUUUGUAACCCCAUAUUAAAUAUAAUUAUUACCACGAAAUCCACUAAUGUAAACAAUUUAUUAUACAUAGAUUGUCAUUAAAUGUAUUAUUGUAUUUUUGUGUUUUAUAUAUACAAAUCGGUUUCUCUACA